AUGUUUGAAUCUGUCAAAAGUUUGGAUCACAAGCAUCUUGUGACUGUUGGACUCGAGGGGUUUUACGGUGUGGAGAAAACCGGAAGCGUUGGAUUGAACCCGGGGAAAUGGGCUGCAUCACUUGGAGUGGACUUCAUUGCGAACUCUGCGAUUGACAACAUCGACUUUACUUCCGUUCAUGCUUACCCCACAGUUGAUCAAAGGUAUAAAUCAAAGAUCCUUAAGAAGCCGGUUCUUUUCACUGAAGUCGGUUUCCCUUCGAGUGUACAGAAGAACAACGGCUUAUACGACAGAAAUAUUUUUCUGAAAAUACUCUAUGACAAGAUUUAA